AUGCAGCUUCCCCCACAGGGACAGCUGCCCAUAAAUGGGAUGCCCUCGACCAACCUGCCCUCCUCGAGCUUGCCGUCAACACCGAUGGCACAACAAGCUGCUCCUCCACCAGCGGCUCCGGGCGCAAUGGGUCCUCCUUCAGUUCCUCCUUCUCGCCCAGUGGAUGCUUCUGAACUCACGGAUGUUCUAGCGUCUUCGGGCAUUGACGUCAGGGAAGAAGAAGCGUUCCUCACGCACAGCUUCGGUGGGCGGAAUGCGCAGGCGCAGACACCCGCACGAGGCCCGCAACACCAACAACCUCCCACCGUCAAUACGUCGUUUACCUCUCAACCGACCACCACCGGAACACUAUCUGCGUCGAGUAGUUUCAGCGAAACACCUCACGCCAAGCCGACGAUCCCGCAAGGCUCUUUUCCAGCAGAGUCCUCAUCGCAAGACACAGGUUCAAUCAAGGAACCAUCACGCGAAGACAGCGAGGCGGCUCGGCGUUCGCAGUAUCAUCUGCAGGAACCUUUCCUACUCACAAAGCUCCUUGAACAACGGAUACAAAAACGCGGCUUCGAGCUUGGCGUCCGCAUCCCCUCGGAGGGGCUGUUCCACCCGGUUCCCGGUCGUCCGCAGCCGAUUGAAGUGACUGGCCCCGAUGGCUCAUCGGUCAUCCGAACUGGUCAGACCAUCUUGAAUCAGGAAGGCGCUCCUCUCGUUGAUAUUCUCAAUCUCGUGUCUCUGGCUUGCGAGGAACGUCUGCGCGGGGUUGUUGACUACUCCUCCAGUCUGGCUCGCAGUCGCCGAGCACACUCUCAUGGUGUUGUACCCACAGAAUGGAAAGAUGUUGCCAAGCCUCUUGGUCCGGCCAACGGAAAUACCGCCACCCCCUCUAAGCGUGUGUAUCCCUAUAAGGUUCCAAUUCGCACAGAUGGCGUCACAGUAUUAACACAUCCUGUUUCUUUAGGGCCCCAUUCUGACGUCGAGACUGAGUCCACCAAGCCCACCGCUGAGAGAUGCCGCGGCCUCGUUGGAAAGGAGACGUCAAUUGAAAACAAACGAGCGACAAAGCGCACCAAGCGCAGCACCAACGCCAUCUUGGGCGAGAGUGCCGGCAUUCGAGCUGAAUCAAACGAUCCCACUGGCUCGGCCCCUUCGACGCCGAUUGCCGACCGCGCCCCAGGCUUUGACAAGAAAUCAAUGAGCAAAAAGGAAGCCAGGAAAAUGAUCGAUAGCAAGGAAAGCGAGGCGCAGCAGCACAAGCAGUCGGUUGAAACGGCUCGCCUGGCGACCAACAGCAUGCUCUCCGGCCGCAUGUUUGGAGCCAAGAAAUCAUACUCCUGGUUGAAACCCGGCGGUUCAUCCAGCGGAUUUUCCUCUCCUGCACGCCCUGCACCUGCGACCCCCACACCCGGGGGCGAGAAGUCAGCCAAGGGCCGCUCCGGGGAGUCGACCCCCGGCCAAGCUAAGCGACGUCUUGGUACCUGGCGGGAGGAUCAAGAAAAAGGAGCUGGCAUCCAAGUGCGUGAUGUUCUGUUUAUGCUCGAGGUUGAUGGACGAGGCACCAAACAUGUGCAAAAGGGGUAUUCAAAGGAUCCGAAGGAAGACCGCGCGCCCUGA